AUGGAAAUAGAGGAGCCAAUCUUUCCUAAACUUCAAGAAGGUGAACAAAAACUUUCCAAAGAGUUCCGUAAGAUUCCAGUUCCUCCCCACAGGUUAACCCCACUAAGGGAAAAUUGGGAAGACAUCGUAGCCCCUAUUGUGGAGCACAUGAAGCUCCAAAUCCGAAUGAAUACAAGACUAAAGCGCGUCGAAUUAAGGGUAAUUCCUAUCUAGAACUCUCCACAAACUGAAGAUAAAAGCGCAAUACAAAAAGGAUACGAGUUUGUCAGGGCUUUUAUGUGUGGCUUUGAGGUGCCUGAUGCAUUGGCCUUGCUCAGACUGGAAGAUAUUUAUUUGGAGACUUUUGAGAUAAAAGAUGUAAAGACUUUACAAGGGGAUAACCUUUCGAGAUGCAUUGGCAGACUUGCAGGAGAAAAAGGCAGGACAAAGAAUGCCAUUGAGAAUUCAACGAGGACCAGAAUUAUUUUGGCAGACACAAAAAUACACAUUAUGGGGUCGUAUUCGAAUAUACUGUAUGGGUUAUUUAAGACUGUAUACGUAGAAUGCUUGAAAUAAACUCCAUGAGAAAUAUAGAUUGCCUUAUUAAGUUAUAUGCGCUGAUUUAGCAAGAAAAGCAUAUAAAGCAAGCAAGAGCUGCGAUCUGCAAUUUAAUUUUAGGAAAAACCCCUGGCAAAGUGUACUCUCAGCUGCGAGCUGUAUCAAAAAGACUUAGUGAACGUUAA